AUGAUAAACUUUUGCUGUCUUGCCCUUCUGGGCCUGAUUGGCCGCCCUCUUGCUUUGCGGUCUGAGCCGACCGGGCUCGACCAUGCGGAUCGGUCGGCAUUCCAGUUCUCUAUAGUCAACAACGCUUCGGUGCCUUUGAACUUCCUUGCUCUGCCCAAACUGGCAAACGUCUACGCACACACGCAGAACAGAGUCCAGCCUGGUGGGAAGUUUUCUUUUCUAGCUGCUCUAGGCGCAUACGACAUCCAUGUGAUUAUACACGACGGUCAGAAUGGUUGGUAUCAGGCAACCGAAACAAGUUGGGGUCUGAGCAAGGAAGGGCUGGCCUUCACAGUCUCCGCGAUUGCACAUGGAGCAGGACUUGGAAGCCUGGCGGUCGGUGCUGCGGCCCUUGCAACAGCAGGUCUUACUGCUGUAGCUGCUGGACCACUCCUGAUAACACUAGGGGCCCAAGCGGCAUUUUGGGGUGUCACGGCAUUUUCGUCGAUGGCUUGUUCAUAUCUGGCUGACCAAUCUGUGGAGUAUCUGCGGCAGCAGCUUGCUGAUGUGGAGCACAAGACCACCAAUGUCACUAACGCACACGACCUCAUGCGCCACGGGAGUGGAAUGCAGCUGCUCGAUUUGUCGCAGAACUUCACAGCACGGGAAGAUUCAGCAGUCUUUGAGGAUGGUGUAAAGUAUCUGUGUUGCUGCAGAAAGUCCACAAAUCUUGCGGAGGCGAACUGUGAGCUUUUUCGUGCAGAUGGUCCGAGCAAGACCUGGUUUUCUUCUGGCUGUCCCAACCUUGCAGGAGAUGGGUAUAUGCCUUGGUGGAAGUCCGCUGGUGGCCGUUGUCUCGUUACAAGGAGUCCUUUUUCGCCAUCCGCCAAGGGACCAGAUCGUUUAGUGCCUUUCAGGACGGUUGUUAGAGAAGGUACUGUGCGCGAUGCCUUUUCAGUGUCCUUUCCCGAUCUGAAUGUGGAGUACGUAUUGAUGACAAUGGCCACAGCCGAGCGGUAUCUUGCCUCCAUGCAGUCCAGGUUUUCUCAAUGGAAGGCCAUACGGGGAGCAGAGCGCAGAUUCGUCAUAGCCGGCGGGUUUAUGAAUCCCAGCAAGAUGCCUCGGGCGACGCAGGAUGAGCCCUGGACAGUUGUCGAGUUCAUGCCGCUGCAAAUGGGAGAGAUCACACCAGCCUAUGGCUGCAGAGUGCCAGGUGAUGAUGGCUUCUGGCAAGCCCAGGCAACGAAAUGUCGGAACCAGUGUAAGGACCCAGAAUGCAUAGAAACCUGCAUCCAACCGUUUAAGCAGGCCCUGGACCAAGAGGUCAGCACCAGACAAACUUUCAGGGCACUAGACAUUCCAGCUGGCAGCAAGGCAUUUGUGGUGGAGAACAAAUCCAUCAUUGAGGAAGCUUCCACGAAAGCACUAGUGCCUGUUGCAGAGAACUUGGAUGAAGUUCUGGGGAAGACGGGGAGCGUCUUGAAAGUUGACUUGCAGCUCCUGACUGCCACAGUUCUGGUGAACAGCACGACCUUGACUUUACCAAUGGAAGCUCUGCUACUUGCAGAGAAUCAGAAGCAGCCUGAGCAUCCUAUGCUUUCCGCUUGGCAUCGCGCCCAGCUUGCGGCACCACGGUUUGGCCAGUGCUGGAGCAGCUGCUCUGAUCGCUCUUGGACGUCGACAGCGCUUUCAGGUUUCAAACAGGCGGUGACCCUGGGAGGCUCAGACCUGUGGUGUUUCACAGCCAAAAGGCGUGCAUCAGGCUUGCAUCAGGCUUGGCAGGGGUCUUUAUGCAUGGAGGAUGAUGAGUGCCCACACCUUGCGACCCAAGCUGCACAAGAUGCCGCAACAAAUGAAGCGACGUGCGUGGAUACAUGCAUAUGA